AUGGCCGCCGCGGAGGCCGCCGAGGCCGGCCGCGCGAACUACAAGAACGGCGACUACAAGGCCGCGGCCCUCUGCUUCACGGAGGCCCUCGAGGACAUCGACGCCGAGGACACGCAUAAGCUCUACUCGAACCGCAGCGCCUGCCGCAUGCAUCUCCAGGAUUUCAAGGGUGCUAAGGAAGAUGCUGAAUCGUGCACGGCGCUCAAACCGUCGUGGGCCAAGGGCUGGGCGCGCUUGGGCGCGGCGCAGGGGCGCCUCGGCGAAGUAACAGAGGCAAUAGAAUCGUAUGAGAAGGCGCACGAGCUGGAUCCUACCUGCGAUGAAUAUCAGAGCGAGGCCGCGAAGCUCGCGGCGCCGCCGCCGCGGCGGCCGCCACCGCGGCGGCCGCCGCCUCCAUUAAAUACGGUGGCGAUGGCGCCGGAGCCCUUCGGUGCGCUCGACGCGCCGCAUUUAUUGGUGCGCGUGGCGUGUCUGGCCGGUGUCGUUGUCUACGCCACGUCAUUUACCACUGAUUCUUCGGUCCUGCGCCUCAAGUACAAGAGCGCCGUGCGCUGGGCCGUGCUCUCGGCGCUGUUGCACGCCUACCGCGCGCACGGCGUGCCGAAGCUCAGCGCCGACUACGCGCGGCGCCUCUUCACGGACCCCCACGCCCAGCGGCUCUUCGGGGUUUUGAUCUUGCUCGUCGGGUCGGGGAGCUUGUUUGGUCUCAUCCCCGUCGCCGACGCCGAGGUCGCCGCGUUAUUAGCGCAGCUUGUUAUUAGGCUGCGGCGCAACGUGAAGACCCGGCCCCUCUCCCUGAAACUCAUAGCAAAGUGUGAGGGUUCGUUUUUGGACGGCUCCGGGCGCGUCGCGAGUGGUGUGUUGAGGCGGUGCUCGCUCUUCGAGGUGACGGCCGCGCUCGUGUUGUUGCUCGAGUUCGCGACGCCGCGGCGCAACCCCAUCCUCGUGCUGCUGUACUGGCAGUACCUGCAGAUGCGGUGCCUGCUCGAGCGCGCGACGGCGGGCGGCGCCGCGGCGGGGCCGCUCCACGAGGCCUUCUUCGCCGUCGACGCACGGAUCGUGGUGGUCGUGGCGCGCGUCCCCCUCCUCGCAAAGGGCUACGCUCGGCUCACGAAGCUGCUGGCGCGCCAGGUGGCCCUGCCCAAGAAGGGGUCCACUGGCAAGCCCCGGCCACGGUGCUCAAUCAUGUAA